CCAAGGCGUUCCCCAUGUUGACUUUUCGUUAAAGAUCAGCCCUAAAAAUUAAUAGCCAUUUUUUCUUUUGUGUUCUUCUUUUCUUUGUUUGUUAAGCCUAAUAAUAACAUAUAUUUAAAAAAGGAAUGGAUGAAGACUCCUAUACCCGGCUGUUAAGUGCACCAUGGAACUGUGUAAAAGCAAACGACGACAAUGUCUAUUAUCUGAAAUACCAUACGGACAAUACCGGUUAUCGUUUACUGGUCACCGAUCUACGACGUGUGUGGUACGAUGCCGCCAACGCCAGAGCACUAAAGAAGCAAGCAAGCAGCCAUCGACUUGUCAUUGACGAUGACGAGCAAUUGCAGCAGUUGCUGAAACACCUUGAAACAUUUCUGCACGAUGUGAAGGGGAAAUGUCAAGUGGAGCAAAUGAAGGAAGGCCAAGAGCUGCGAAUUAGGGGCAGUGAAUCUCAAGGGUUCGCGACACUAGCGUGGACGUUCAUGUGCAAAGCAUUACUCGCAGAAGCUCCGACGAUGUGCAACAUGACAUUUCAUUUGGAAAGCCUGAUGAAGCAUGUAUUUUGAACGACUCUUGGUUGAAGAGAAUGCACAAGGCAUCCGCGAGCAUUGCUCAAAGCAAACGAGCACAC